CGCGAAAAGGGCAAAGCAAUAGCAAAUUGCAAUUUGUAACAGACAUGGAAGAAGGGGAAUUGACAAUGAUUAGAAGGAAAUAAUAAAAUGGCGGCAUUGUUCAUUCUUGGGUAUUCUUGCUUGUAUCAAUGACGGAAACAGUGUUGAUCAGAAUUGGAUUGGGGGAGUAAUAGCAAAUUUGGAUCAUCUUUCGAUUGAUCCCUGAAAUAAAACCUAUAAUAAAAGAAAAAUGAAGCUUGUGGUGGGCGUAAUUGAAGCAAGAAACAUACCGGCAAUGAAUUUAAACGGCGUCAGUGAUCCAUACGUGAAGCUUCAGGUAGGAAAAAAGAGGUAUAGGACCAAAGUGGUGAAGAAGACGUUGAACCCAAGUUGGGGUGAGGAAUUCAUUUUCAAAGUAGAGGAUUUUAAGGGGGAGCUUCAAAUCUCUGUGUUGGAUGAGGAUAAGUUCUUCAAUGAUGAUUUUGUGGGGCAUGUUAAACUUCCAAUUUCCCAGGUUUUUGAUGCUCCCCAGAAAUCUCUCGGCACUGUUUGGUAUCCCCUCCACCCCAAGAACAAUAGGUCCAAGAACAAGGAUUUGGGUGAAGUGCUUUUAAAUAUCUAUUUUCAACAAAAGAGUUCUUCCAUGGACAUGAGUUGUAAUGGUGAUAAUGCAUCAUCAUCAUCAACCUGCCCUUCUCCUUUGAGACUAGAAGAUAGCGUGUCUUCCAAGGAAGAGAAGGAUAAAUCAUUCAAGGAAGAGAAAGAGAAAUCAUUAUCACAAAAAUCCCUAGCAGGUCGUAUUGCUCAAAUCUUUAAUAAAAAUUCUGACACUGCUGUGGCUAGCUCUACUGCUGGCAUUGAUUUGACUGAGAUGCCUGAAAAUUCAAAAGCUGAUGUUGCUGAUGAGAAGCCUGAUGAUCAAUCAUCCUCUGUGUCAUUUGAGGAAGCAAUGAAAACAAUGGAAUCUAAAGAUCAGGGAAGUGAAAUUCCAAGCAAUUUACCUGGAGGAGUUCUUGUGGAUCAACCAUAUGUGGUUUCGCCUGCAGAGCUAAACUCUCUACUUUUUUCAUCUGAUUCAAGUUUUCCUAAGUCAUUAGCUGAGAUGCAAGGAUCAAAGGAUCCACAGCUAGGGCCUUGGAAAUUUGAAGAUGGUGAUUCCAGCUUGAAAAGAGUUUAUACUUACAUCAAGGCACCAACCAAAAUAAUUAAGGCUACAAAAGCCACCGAGGAGCAAACGUAUCUAAGAGCUGAUGGGAAGAGUUUUGCCGUUCUAGUAGUUGUGAGCACUCCCGAUGUUCCAUAUGGGAGCACCUUCAAAACUGAAUUGCUGUACUGCAUUACUCCUGGGCCUGAGCUUCCAUCUGGAGAACAAUCUGCACAUUUGGUUAUUUCAUGGCGAAUGAACUUCUUACAGAGCACGAUGAUGAAAGGUAUGAUAGAGAAUGGAGCUCGACAAGGUCUAAAGGAAGGCUUUGAGCAGUUCACUACUUUACUAACUCAGUCUGUUAAACCAGUUGAUUCAAAGGAUAUUGGUUUAAACAAAGAACAGAUUUUGGGAUCAUUGCAAGCUGAACCCAAGUCAGAUUGGAAGUUGGCGUUCCAGUACUUUGCUAAUUUUACUGUAGUUUCCACAGUUUUUAUGGCCUUGUAUGUAAUAGUUCAUAUCUGGCUAGCUGCUCCUAGUACAAUUCAAGGACUAGAGUUUGUUGGGCUUGACUUGCCUGAUUCAAUUGGUGAAUUCAUUGUGUGUGGUGUUCUGGUUCUGCAAGGUGAAAGGCUGCUGCAGAUAAUCUCACGCUUCAUGCAUGCCAGAGCUCAAAAGGGAAGUGAUCAUGGAGUGAAAGCACAAGGGAAUGGAUGGUUACUAACAGUUGCUUUGAUUGAGGGAAGUAAUUUAGCAACUGUAGAUUCAAGUGGGUACUGUGAUCCAUAUGUGGUGUUCACUUGCAAUGGGAAAUCUAGAACCAGCUCAAUCAAGUUCCAGAAAUCUAGUCCCCAGUGGAAUGAAAUAUUUGAAUUUGAUGCAAUGGAAGAGCCUCCUUCCGUACUGGAUAUAGAAGUAUUUGAUUUUGAUGGACUUUUUGAUGAAGCUACAUCCUUGGGACAGGCUGAGAUUAACUUUUUAAAAUCUAAUAUAUCAGAUCUAGCUGAUGUGUGGGUUCCUCUGCAAGGUAAGCAGGCUCAAGCAUGUCAAUCUAAACUGCACUUGAGAAUUUUCUUGGACAAUACAAGAGGUGGACAUGUAGUUAAAGAGUACUUAAGUAAGAUGGAGAAAGAAGUGGGGAAGAAGAUAAAUCUUAGGUCUCCUCAAACGAAUUCAGCCUUUCAGAAACUCUUUGGCCUUCCACCUGAGGAAUUUCUUAUCAAUGACUUUACCUGUCACCUGAAACGGAAAAUGCCUCUUCAGGGCCGCCUGUUUCUGUCAGCUAGAAUACUUGGGUUUCAUGCCAAUAUAUUUGGGCACAAGGCAAAAUUCUACUUCCUUUGGGAAGACAUUGAGGACAUUCAAGUUUCUCCUCCUACUUUGGCAUCAAUGGGUAGUCCAAUUAUUGUGAUAACUCUCCGUCUAGGAAGAGGACUGGAUGCUAGACAUGGUGCAAGGACACAAGAUCGUGAAGGCAGGCUGAAGUUCAAUUUCCAGUCAUUUGUAUCUUUCAGUGUAGCUCAUAGGACAAUCAUGGCACUGUGGAAAGCCAGGUCCUUGAGUCCAGAGCAGAAAGUGCAAAUAGUUGAAGAAGAGUCCAAAACCAAAUGCCUCCAAACCGAAGAGAGUGGAUCCUUCUUAGGCCUUGAGGAUGUUAGCAUGUCUGAGAUUUAUUCGACUACUCUCUCUGUUCCUAUUAGUUCCUUCAUGGAGAUAUUCGGUGGCGGUGAAAUGGAUCGUAAAGCUAUGGAGAGAGCUGGCUGUCUUAACUAUUCUUGCAGUCCGUGGGAUUCAGAAAGUGCUGAUGUAUAUGAGCGGCAAAUAUAUUUCAGAUACGAUAAGCGUGUGUCCCGUUUUAGAGGAGAAGUGACUAGUACUCAACAGAAAUCCCCACUUCCCGAUAAAAAGGGUUGGCUUAUCGAAGAAGUAAUGACUCUCCAUGGAGUUCCACUUGGGGACUAUUUUAAUCUUCACCUAAGAUACCAAAUCGAGGAUUUAAAAGCAAAGGGAUGUUCGGUGCGAGUGCUUACUGGAAUUGCAUGGUUGAAAAGCACGAAGCAUCAGAAAAGGAUUGCCAAAAACAUCCUCUCAAACCUAGAAGAUCGCUUAAAGGAAUUUUUUAGAUUGUAGUAUAGACAGGAUUCGCAGAUGAAUGUCGAUAUCUCCUUACUGUAGUUUACAUGUUGAUUUUCUUUAGUGCUUGUUAAGUUUGCAUGUUUGAGAUCUACCCAGAAUUGCAUAAUAGCCGCAAUCAGGAUGAGUAUCUCGAUCAAGUCAACCCCAAAUUUUGUUCAAAAGCGAAUGUGACAACCGGUGGCAGGCAGGUUCCUUGGCUUUGGAACCUAGCAGUGAAUGUAACCCUUCAUUGAAGCAGACCUACCAAAGGUUUAGUUUAUGAAAAUAGAGGUCUGUUGAGGCUCUUUUUUUUCUUUCCCAUUUCUGGAUGAACAUAUUCAUUGUUGCUCUUUUUAGCAACACUUCAAACUGUAUUUUCUGUUGUACUUUGGAUGGAAUUGUGAAGAGCAACUGUUGUUUCUUUGACAAAACUGCUCUGUAACCAUACUUUAAAUGCAAAAAGGAACAUACAUGUUUAAUAAAA